UCAAAGGUUUUAAGACACUUGAUUCUCAGAAGUUGUAAGAACAUAAGACGAAUACCAUACAUGUCUGGCUUCCCAAAUUUGACAGAGUUGUGUGUUGCUGAAUGCAAAAAUUUGAUUGAGAUUCAUGAUUCUCUUGGGUCUUUACAUAAUCUUCAAAAGUUUUGUGCUGAAGGAUGUACCAAGCUCAUGAUUGGUCCACGUGGUAUAAAGUUGACAUCUCUAGAGCAUCUUUGUCUUCGAGACUGUAGUAGCCUUGUUGUGUUUCCAGAAAUAUUGGCACCAAUGCAGAAAUUAAAAUUUGUUGAGCUGGAAGGAACUUCCAUAAAAAAUCUGCCACGAUCAAUGCAAAAUCUUGAAGGGCUUCGAAUCUUAUCCUUGCAAAGAUGCAAAAUGCUUGAAAGUAAUGAUCCAUCCAAUUUCGUUCAAAGGUUGCAUGAGAUCUUUCCCAAUUUGACACAAUUAUGUUUACAAGACUCAAAUUUGACAAUCCUUCCCGCGUGCAUUGAAGAGUGUCACUUCUUGGAAGCUCUACAUGUUUAUGAUUGCAAGCAGCUUCAAGAAAUUAGAGGUCUUCCACCAAGCAUAACUGAUUUCUCAGCACAAAACACUCUAGUGGAAGCUGAUUGUUCGAUUUUAAACACGUUACUCACACGGGCAAUUAGUUCUACUACGAUAUUAUACUAUAUUCUACCAUGUCAACAAGUCCCAGAAUUGUUUGACCACUCUAGCAAGGGAAACUCUCUUUGCUUUUGGUUUCGUAAUGAAUUGCCCUCUCUCACUGUGUGUUUUGUUUCUGGAGUUUUGGGCAAUAUCAAGCCUCCUUUCUAUGUGAAUUUGAAUUUCUUUGCUAGAAUCAAUGAUGUUGACUUGUGUGUUAAUUGUUUCUGUUGGUAUAAUGUAAUUUGCAUUUCUGAGAAUGACCAUAUAUUUAUGUUCAAUCUUCAAAAUCAUUUUCACCAUCCUAUGAAUUCCGAUAUUAGAAGAGCACUUGAGACGAAUGAGUGGAUUCAUGGGAAGGUUUCGUUUGUGAUGACAUCACCUGAAAAAUAUUCACGUAGAUUGGGAGGAGUAAUCAAAUGGAUCGGAGUUUAUGUAAAUCGGAGAUUUAGUAGAAUGGAGAAUGUUCGGUUCACAAAUCCUUAUACUUCCAAUAAUACAAGUGACGUGGGAAAAAAGUUUGUGUUGCUUGGUGAGGCACCUGAUAUACAACAACAACAACCUUUGAAUUAUGUGUAUAGUGAUUCAGAUCGACAAGAACCAGAAAACACUAUUGACUACUCCAAUGAGCAAGAUGGAGCAUUUUCGGAAAAUGUCAAGGCCGAGAGAGAGAAAUUGGAACCCUGAUGUCAGAAGUUUCAAGGGAGUUCACUAAUCAGAGUAGGGACUACUACACUGAAGCAAACAUGAAAAUUGAGUCCAUGACAUCUGAAUUGCAUAAAGUUGAUGAAGUUGAAGGAGGUUUGGAAACUAAGAAGAACCUGUUCAGCGAAAGCACAGACAUCUGAAUUGCUAAUGUAUCUGCUAAUGUAUCUGCUGCUAAAUCAGAAAGGAACAUGGAUUGUAAGACCAAAAGCAAUAUCAUUGAGGAAGGAAGCACAGACAUAAAUCAAAACUGAAUGUCAAAACUAGGAGAAAAUUUUAACUUGUUGCAGACUGAGAGAUAGGUAGAACAAUUGAAGUAGAAUUUCUUUGCAUCUACUCCAUGAUGCAUGGAAGUAAAAUUAUUUCCGAUUGUAAUUUUUGUUGCAUUAUGUGUCAUUGUAGAAAUUAAGAUUUUAUUUGAAAUCGCCAAUUGUGAAACUCUGAAUCAUCGGGAAUUGUUAGACAUGAUUUUUUUUAAAUACAU